AUGCGAUUCGUGACAAGAACGCGACGGAAACCCGAUGUUCACGAUAGCGUCGAGCAAUAUAAGGCGGCGAUUCAUGCUCGCGAAUGUCAAAUCGCAACGGAGUUUUGGCUCCGAUACAUUCAAGCACAGCUUUUCCCUCACGAACGAAAGGCUCUGCUAAAUGAUCAACCAGUCGCGUCCAAAAGCCCACUGGCCUCGCUCAAUCCGUUUCUGGACCAUGCCAAAAUAAUUCGUGUUGGCGGGCGGCUGGCACACGCUACCAUCGCGUUCACCGCAAAACACCCCAUAAUUUUAGCCGCGCAUCCUAUCGUUCAGCUAUUGAUUCAUCACAUUCACAUUAAAACCAUGCACGCCGGUCUUCAACUCACGCUUGCGACUCUCCGACGCGACUACUGGGUCUUACGAGCGAGACCGAUCACCAAAACCGUAAUUCAUCGUUGCGUUAUCUGCACUCGGGAGCGAGCAACGAUUCCAAUGCAACUGAUGGGAAAUUUGCCAAAGGUCCGCGUCAAUCCUCCAGAGCGUGCGUUUGUGCAUUGCGGAGUGGAUUAUGCCGGACCAGUUCUAACGCGUUCAAUGGCCGGGCGCGGAAGGACGUCACGCAAGGCGUACAUUGCCAUAUUUAUCUGCAUGGCCACUCGAGCCAUUCACCUCGAGCUCGUCGACGGCUACUCAACGGCGGCAUUCCUCGGAGCCUUCUCCAGAUUCUGCUCACGACGCGGUCUUCCUACGUCCGUCUACUCAGAUAACGGCACGACAUUCGUGAGCGCCGAUCGCGAGCUCACCGCCGCAUUUCGAUCGGCAUUGCGAGACCCGAGUUUUUUGAAUAAAACAGCCGCUGACAGCAUUUCCUGGCACUUCAUUCCCCCUUCGGCUCCGCAUUUUGGCGGUAUCUGGGAAGCCGGAGUUCGAAGUGUCAAGCACCAUCUCCGGCGAGUCAUAGGGUCUCAUACUCUUACAUAUGAAGAAUUCUCUACCGUACUGUGCAAUGUCGAGGCUUGUCUAAAUUCGCGGCCUCUAGCCCCUCUCAGCGACGAUGCAACUGACUACGACCCGCUAACCCCGGGUCAUUUUUUAAUUGGCUCCGCAAUUACGGCCGCUCCCGAGCCCUCCAUAUUUGAAGUGCGAGAAAACCGACUUACGCGCUGGCAGCUCGUGCGGCAGCUUACAGAGCGCUUUUGGAGGCGGUGGCAUGACGAUUACGUUAAUACGCUACAGCAGCGCGGAAAAUGGAAGCGAGUUGAAAAGGCCGAGAUUCGAGUUGGACAAAUUGUACUCUUGCGAAAUGCGCUCCUUCCCCCAUGUAAAUGGGAACUCGCGAAAGUAACGCAAUGUCACCCGGGCGCCGAUGGUUUGACACGCGUCGUCACUGUAAAAACCGCCUCUUCAGAAUAUAAACGUCCGUUAACGAAAAUAUGUAUGCUCCCAAUCGAUCUUGAACACUCGGACACCACGGCGGAAUAG